AUGCUGACGCAAAUGCAGCUGCGUUGGAUCAGCCACCUGGUGCGCAUGGACAACGAGCGAUUUCUCAAACGACUCUUCUACGGAUACGUCGCGACUGGUUCUCGCCACGAAGGAGGCCAAAUUCGCCGUUACAAGGAUAGCCUGAAGUCCUCCCUGAAACGCCUGCAAAUCAACCCGACCAAGUGGGAGGAGCUCGCAAUAGAUGGACCGACACACGCUGCGAUCUACGAAGCCAACCGCAUCGCUGCCGCCAAAGCGAAACGCGAAGCCCGCAAAUCACAACUUCGCCCAGUACGCAACGCCGCCGCACAACCGCUUCCAACGUGUCCUCGAUGUCAACGGACAAUCCAGGCUCGAAUCGGACUUGUUGGACAUCUUCGGAUUAACUACGCCUCUCGAUCUGCAUCAAUCAUCGUCCCCCCGCCCGCCUCUUCCUCCUCCUCUCCGCCUCCAACUAACUCUGACAACUCUUAUCGCCCACCACUUCCAUCCCGCGCGCAACAACCGACACCAUCACCACCUCCCCCGACUCCUGCGAUGAGGAUCAGGACUACACCUGCCCUCACUGCGACCGCACCCUCACCUCACACAUCGGCCUGGUCGGUCACUACCGAAUCCGUCGCACAGAGACUGGCGAACCAGUGCCUGGAGCACUCACCUAUACUCACCAAGCUCGUCUCAACUUCCCACACUGCCCGCGCACUUUCAGGCAUCGCAUAG